AUGGAUGAAUUCUUGGAAGAUCAUAUGAAAAGAGCUAGGCCUGAUACUUAUCUUUCAGAAAAUAACACCUAUGGAAAGCAUUUAGAAGGUAAAAUAAUAUAAAAGUUACGCUUAAUAGAAGGUUGUAUCUUGGACAAAUUGAGGAGUCAAGGAUAUUGUUUGUUCCUAAACAAAAAAACUAUAGCUGAAGCUCUUAUCUUUUUACUCUGGUACCCACUAUUGUAAAAAUAAUGCAGGCAUCAUUGUGGGCUUUUGGGAUUUCUUUAACUUAUACAUAUCCUCGGUGUAUUCGAGCUUUUAGAUACCUGUUUCCCAAUGUAAAAAGCUUUUUCUUAAUCCAUCUUGUAAUGAUUAUCUAGGGAAUAGCACCUUGGAUGAUGUUUAUUAACUUAAACUUGCUUGGGAUUUUUAAAGGACUUACAUUUUUCUAUUUUGAUAAAUACACAGGUGGGGAACAAAUAUCUCUUAUCAAUGAAAUCUCUGAAGACAAUUAA